CCGCAGUUCCGUGUGAGGGAGGCCCUAAUUCUGAUGGGUUGGGAGAACUGUGUGCCUGUGGCUAGAAAACAGGACCGUGCAGUGCCAGCUUGGGCUGCUGAAGCUCCUGCCUUUGCUUUUCUGGCCUCCACCCCUGUGUGACUGAAUCUAGAUUUAGUAUGAUUUGAGAUCGCGAACAUGGACUUUUCUCGGCUCCAUAUGUAUACUCCUCCUCAGUGUGUGCCUGAGAACACUGGCUACACAUAUGCACUCAGUUCUAGUUAUUCUUCUGAUGCUCUGGACUUUGAGACUGAGCAUAAAUUGGAUCCCGUAUUUGAUUCUCCAAGAAUGUCUCGCCGUAGUCUGCGCCUGGUCACCACAGCAUAUUCCACCGAAGAUGGCCAGGCUAAGGUUGCUCAUACCCAUGCUAGCAGCUCCACCUCUCUCAAGGACAGAGUGACCACCAGAACAGCAAAACAGCGCAGAGGUGCAGGCAGAACGCCUUUCAGCAUGAACCACACCUCAAGAAGGGCAGUGUCCUCGGCUGUCAGCCAGAGCAGCUCUGGCGGGCUGCAGGCUGAAGCAUGUCUGCGGCCUCCUGUGUUGGAUGAGUCUCUCAUCCGUGAGCAGACCAAAGUGGCCCACUUCUGGGGUCUUGAUGAUGAUGGAGAUAUUAAAGGUGGAAAUAAAGCUGCCAAUCAGGGGAAUGGUGAUCUGGCUGCAGGGGCAGCAGCCACAAAGAGCAAUGGCUACACCUGCAGUGACUGCAGCAUGCUAUCUGAGCGCAGGGACAUGCUCACCGUGCACUCCACGCCCCAUGCCCCACUGGCUUCCAGAAUUUACUCCAGAGAUAGAACUCAGAAACGCGGUGCAUCUUUCUACAUGGAUAGGAUUUUGUGGCUGGCCAAGUACACUUCGUCAUCUUUCUCAUCAUUCUUAGUUCAACUUUUUCAAGUGGUUUUAAUGAAGCUCAAUUAUGAAUCAGAAAAUUACAAAUUGAAAAGUUAUGAAUCAAAAGAUCGUGACUCAAAAAGCUAUAAGUCACAAAGCCAUGAAUCAAAAGCUCAUUCCAAUUACUGUGGGAGAAUGAAUGUAAAAGAGUUUGUCGGAGAGCAAGGCCACCUCAGUGUGAAUGGGGAGUCGUUGUGCGAUGACUGUAAGGGGCAGAAGCAUCUUGAAACACACACGGCCAUCUACCUGCAGUCUUCACAGCCAAAACUGGGAGCAGGGGCCACUUGGCACAUCUUUUCUUAUGCAGGUUACUUCUUGCUGCAAACACUGCAAAGGAUUGGAGCUGCGGGAUGGUCUAUGUUGAAGACGAUGCUGUCGGUUCUCUGGUUGGCCAUGAUGGCUCCAGGGAAGGCAGCCUCUGGAAUAUUCUGGUGGCUAGGGAUUGGAUGGUACCAGUUUGUUACUUUAAUUUCUUGGCUGAAUGUAUUUCUUCUUACUAGGUGCCUUCGAAAUAUUUGCAAGUUUCUAAUCUUGCUCAUUCCACUGUUACUUUUACUAGGUGCAGGCCUUUCCUUGUGGGGCCAGAGUGGUUUCCUUUCAUUCCUACCUGUGUUAAACUGGACAGACAUGUACAGAACACAGAGGGUAGAUGAUCCUAGGAACGUUUUCACACCAGACACUUCUCACCUGAACCAGCCUCCAGAGGGUGGGACUUUUACCAAGCAUCAGAUGAGUGAAGUGGAAAGGUGGAUGACGUCUUUGUAUGGACAGUGUCACAACCAUGAGGAGAAACUUACAGAACUGACAGUUUUGCUUCAGAAAUUACAAAUGCGGGUGGACCAGAUGGACAGUGGUAGUGAAGGCACACUGUCCUUGGUUAAAGAUGUGGUGAGACAGCACCUAAAGGGAAUUAAUGCUGAUGGACUGUUGGGCUCUCAGGCGGACUUUAUGACUUUCCAGCAAGAACAUGAGCUGCGCAUCUCAAGCGUGGAAGAUAUUCUUAGAAAACUGACAGAAAAAUCUGAGGCCAUCCAGAAGGAAUUAGAAGAGAUCAAGCUAAGACCCGUUAGUGGAAUCAGUGAAGAACAGCGCCUGCUUUCCAUGGUUGAACAUCUUGAGCUGGAGCUUGGUCAUUUGAAAUCGCAGUUGUCAAAUUGGCAGCAUUUGAAGACCAGCUGUGAGAAUGGAGACACAGCACAUGAAAGAGUAGAUGCCCAAGUCAGAGAAACUAUCAGACUCAUGUUUUCUGAUGAUCAGCAAGAUGGCUUUCUUGAAUGGCUGCUUCAGAAGUUUUCUUCUCAAUUUGUGAGCAAGGAUGACCUGCAGAUUUUAUUACAAGAUUUAGAGCUGCGGAUACUAAAGAAUAUUACCUACCACAUUUCUGUGACAAAACAGAUUCCAACAUCUGAAACUGUGGUGUCUGCUAUGAAUGAGGCAGGGGUUUCUGGAAUAACAGAAGCACAAGCACAUGUCAUUGUAAACAAUGCAUUGAAGCUGUAUUCCCAAGAUAAAACUGGCAUGGUGGACUUUGCUCUGGAAUCUGGUGGUGGUAGUAUCUUAAGUACUCGAUGUUCUGAAACAUAUGAGACCAAGACAGCAUUAAUCAGCCUGUUUGGUAUCCCUUUGUGGUACUACUCCCAGUCUCCCCGAGUCGUCAUCCAGCCUGACAUAUAUCCAGGUAACUGCUGGGCAUUUAAAGGCUCCCAGGGGUACCUUGUGGUGAGACUGUCGAUGACCAUCUACCCAACCACCUUCACUCUGGAACACAUCCCAAAAACACUGUCACCCACAGGGAACAUCACCAGUGCUCCCAAGGAUUUCAUGGUCUAUGGAUUAGAAAAUGAGUAUCAAGAAGAAGGGCAGCUUCUGGGACAGUUUACAUAUGAUCAAGAAGGAGAAUCCCUCCAAAUGUUCCAUGUGCUGAAAAGACCUGAAAGAGCUUUCCAAGUAGUGGAACUUCGGAUUUCUUCUAACUGGGGUCAUCCUGAAUACACAUGUCUCUACCGGUUCCGAGUUCAUGGAGAACCUAUCAAGUAAAGCUGCACCUCGCUGUUGUUGUACAUUUUGUAUAUAUGGGACAGCCCGAAACACUGGAACCUUUUGUGAAUGAGGGCGUUUAGAAUAACAGGAUGACAUCAUCCCUAAAUAAAUGUCACCAACUGGCAGCAGGAGAGUGUGGAGACUGAAGUGUUAAUGCUCUGAUGCCCAGCUUGCUGUUAUGUCCAUAGGAAACACUGCAUGCUCAACACUUGGUUCACGGGGACCCGUUAGCCAGGUAUUCUCUGGAAACUCAUUUGAAUGUAUCGUUCACAAGACACUUAACUUUAUUUUGAGGAUUUGUUUUUGAACAUAAAGCUCUUCUUAUUUGUAUUUUCCUAAAAUCAGGAACAAAGCAAAUGAAGGUAAAAAGGUUUGACGUGUUCCUGAAAUUUUGAUAAUUAGCUUUCACUGGACCUCUUAAGGACUUUUGGGGCACAUACAUAUUUCAUCUGUUAAAUCCAAUACACAUUUCUUUCAGGGAAAAAGAGUCACCAAAUUUCAGAGUUUUAAACUCCUUUCCUUCAGAAUGAGAUAUUUCCUUUACUCAGCACUUGUUAUUUUAAGUCACCAUGUGAGGAAAUAACUAAUAAGGGUUUUUCUGCUUAGUUUGCUCCUACUUCUUAGAAAAACUUUCAGUCAGGACCCAGUAUGGGAAUACCCAUUUAGGAAAUGGGGAAUUCUCAUUUCCUUGUUGGUUGAAGUGGGUCUGAUUUGAAAGGAGCUGGUCUGGAUCGAAACACAUAAAUGGAGUUCUCUGGUUCCACCUAGCCACACACCCUGUUGGGAUAACUCUGGAGUUCUCAAUUGACAGUAUGAAUAGGAACCAAGGAAUCCAACCUUUUUCAGGUUUCGUUUUGAAUUUUGCUAAAAAGCGAACACUAACAUGCUUUAAAUCUUUCAGAGGCUUAUAUUUUUAUUACAUGGAUGGUUAUCAAAGGAGAUUGUCCAGUGUGGCAAAUUCAUGAAGCUGUUUCAUUUAUGAUUGUAAUUUUUCCUAUAGCAGCACUUUCUUUGGCUCUAGUUGGGAUUUCCCAUUUAUUAUGACUGUUGGCCAUUCUCACUCAAUUCCUAUGAGACUAAUUUUGAUGACAAUAUUUAAUAUUUAGACAGUUUUACUGAGCAAACUUUAUAAUGAGAUAUCUGUGAGGCACUAAAAGUGUUACGGAUGUUUUACCUUAAAAAUUAUUUAAGUUUUAUUGGGUUGACAGUUUUUUUGGUAUACUGUAAAUGUAUUUUCAGAAAAAGAAAAAAAAUGAUGGUGCUGACUGGUUUUUCUGGAGAGUUUUGUGUAUAUUGCACAACAGUCCUCAAAUAUACAAAAAUUACAUAAAGUAGCAUUUUUUUCAUUCUUAGAAUUAGAACUAAUGCCUAUGCAUUAAGUUGGAUAAAAUGUAUACAGCUGUUUCAUAUAUUACAGGAUAAAUAUGUAAAUCAAAAUUUCCUAUAUAGAACCAAAUUGGGGGUUGGGGUGGAAAUAUUUUGAAUAUUAAUUUAUUUUUAAAGAUGCAAGAUAGGACUUUGUGCAAUGUAUUUUUGUAAAUGCUUUUCAAUAUAUUUGUCUUUGGUAGAGCUUCUUUUGCUGCCACCAAAUUGAUAAGAUACUAUUGAAAUGUUUAAAUAAAGAGUUUUAAUUUUUAAACGUGCAUGUGAUAUUUCAAAUGAAUAAUAAACAGUGUAUUUCUUUUCUCAAUGUG